GGCCCCGCAGUCGGCAACGUUAUUGGGAGAUUGAACGUCAGCCGCUCUUAUUUUCCCCGUCGCCCGUUGUGAAUUUGAAGGUACAGCAACUAUUUUGCAUCAAUAAACAGGUGAACUUUAGGAGGAAUUGGCAGCACCUGCCAUUUUAAGCUGCCUGGGUGAAGGAUGCCUCUUUCCUUCUGCGGAAGUGACAACAGCUCCGCUUACAGCGUGGACAAGGGCGUCCUCAAAAAUGCCUGCUUUGUGGAUGCUCUCAACCUGGUGCCUCACGUCUUCCUGCUCUUCAUCACGUGCCCCAUCCUCUUCAUAGGCUGGGGCAGCCAGAGCUCCAAGGUGCAGAUCCACCACAGCACCUGGCUACACUUCCCGGGGCACAGCCUGCGCUGGGUCCUCACGUUCACCCUCUUCUUUGUGGGCUUCUGCGAGAUUGCCGAGGGCAUGGUCUCGGACAGCUUCCUGCCAACGAGCCACCUCCACCUCUACAUGCCACCCAUGAUGGGGUUCAUCGCUGGCUUGGCCUCCAUCGUCUAUUACCACAACAUCGAGACGUCCAACUUCCCGAAGCUCUUGCUGGCCCUGCUGGGAUACUGGCUGUUGGCCUUCACCAUGAAGCUGCUGAAGCUGGUUCAGUUCUGCCAGCACAGCGUGGGGCCCAGCGAGCUACGCUUCUGCAUCACCGCGUUGCUCGUCUUAAUCUAUGCCCUCUUCCUCUGCUUGGAGGUUAACAUCAUCCGACUCCGGAGGUACAUAUUCUUUCGGAAGCCGCUGAAGGUGAACCCUCCGGAUGACCUCCUGGACCUGGGUGUGCGAUUUAUGCACCCGUUCGUGAACCUGCUCUCGCAGUCCACUUACUGGUGGCUCGGCAACCUCAUCAGCCUGGCCCAGAAACGACUCAUAGACCUGGAAGACAUCGGCAAACUGCCCAUCGGCAUGCGAGCUCUCAGCAACUACAUCCUUCUGCAAAAUUCCUUCCAGGAACACAAGCGCGAGUGCGAGGCGCGACAGGAGGUUGUGCCUUCGCUCUGGCGCUCGGUGUUCCGCACCUUUGGCCGUCCCAUCCUCGUGAGCAGCGUGCUGCGCUACAUGGCCGACCUGCUGGCCUUCACUGGGCCCCUCUGCAUAUACGGCAUCGUGCACCACCUCAACAAUGACGAGCAGCAGCUGAAGCCACAGGUGCACCAGCUUGGCGUGUACUUCAUCUCCUCGCGCGAGUUCCUGGCCAACGCGUACGUGCUGUCCGUGCUGCUCUUCUUCUCGCUGGUGCUGCAGCGCACCCUGCUGCAGGCCUCCUACUACAAGGCCAUCGAGACGGGCAUCAAGUUCCGUGCGGCGGUGCAGACGAUGAUUUAUGACAAGAUUCUACACCUCUCCACGUCCAGCGUGUCUCGUGGGAAGAUGACCUCAAGAUACAUCUCCAACGUCGUGACUGUCGACUCCAAUCAGCUCAUGUGGUUCCUCUUCCUGUGCCCCAACCUCUGGGCUCUGCCUGUGCAGAUCAUCGUGGGGGUGUCGCUGCUCUACUCCCUGCUCGGGGUGAGUGCCCUCAUCGGCGCCGCCGUCAUCGCCCUGCUUGCUCCGCUGCAGUACUGCAUCGCCACGAAGCUUGCCCGCGCACAGAAGCUCACGCUGGAGCACAGCAGCUCGCGGAUUAAGCAGACGAGCGAGCUGGUGCACGGCAUCAAGCUGCUGAAGCUGUACGCCUGGGAGCAGGUGUUCUGCAGCACCGUGGAGGAGACGCGCUCCAAGGAGCUGCGCAGCCUCUCCACCUUCGCCAUCUACACCGCCCUGUCCACCUUCAUGAACGCGGCCAUACCGAUUGCGGCUGUCAUGGCGACAUUCGUGACCUACGUGCACUUGAGCUCGCCUGACAUAACCUUGUCACCGGCGGUGGCAUUUGCGUCGCUGGCUCUCUUCCACAUCCUCGUCACUCCCCUCUUCCUCCUCUCGACCGUCGUACGCUUUGCCGUCAAAGCUCUCAUCAGCAUGCAAAAGCUGACCGAGUUCCUCGCCACCAGUGAAAUUGGUGACGAACCCAACACGAUGGACGUGGAGCCUCGGCCAAAAAGAAGUAGCAACACCGAUGGGGUGCAAAUGAUGGUGGUGAAUCGAAAGCAACCGCAGACGCCCGUGUGGGAUGAUUUCGAGCCACAGGACUGGAGGCAGUUUGAAUUCACCGAUGGAUCAGUGGACUUUGCCAUUAAGGUGACCGCUGGGGUGUUUACGUGGGCGUCCAGCGAGCCAGCCCUCCUCACCGACAUCAACAUUUGUAUUCCACACGGGCAGCUCACAAUGGUCGUGGGUCAGAUUGGAUGUGGGAAGUCGUCCCUGCUGAGUGCGACGCUGGGAGAGAUGCAUCUUGUCAGCGGCUCGGUCUACUGGAACAGGCGACGAGGUUCCGUGGCAUACGCAGCUCAAAAACCCUGGAUCCUAAACUCCAACGUGCUGGAGAACAUCACCUUUGGGAGCCCCUUCGAUGAAGAAAGGUACAAAGCAGUGAUCAACACGUGCUCGCUUCAGCCUGACAUUGACAUCCUGCCCCAAGGGGACCGGACCCAUAUUGGAGAGAAGGGGAUCAACUUGAGUGCCGGGCAGAGACAACGGAUCAGCGUGGCUCGGGCUUUGUACCAACAAACGAACGUUGUGUUCCUGGACGACCCGUUCACAGCCCUGGACAUCCACCUCAGUGACCAUCUGAUGCACAGCGGCAUCCUGGGCCUACUGCACAACGACACGCGCACGGUCGUGCUGGUGACGCACAAGCUGCAGUACCUCACUCACGCAGACUGGAUCGUUGCGAUGAAGGACGGGACGGUGCAGAGGGAAGGCACCCUCAAGGACAUCCAGACGUCAGACCCUGAGCUCUACGAGAUGUGGAAGGAGCUCAUGAAUAAGCAGGACGAGGAGCUACAGAAGGAGACUAUUAUUCAGAGCAGAACAGUUUUGGAGCGAAAGAACCUUCGGCGUGCGAUGUACUCCAAAGAAGUGCUCGUAAAAACGUCGUUUGAGGAUGAAGAAAACGAGGAGGAGCUGGAAGUACACACGCAGGCCCGGGAGACGGCCACUAAUCGCCAGCUGCCGGGACUGCCUCUGGGCGAGUGGCGGUCAUACCUGGCGGCCAGCGGGUGGCCCCUGCUGCUGCUCAUCGUCCUGUCUCAGCUUUGCAAGCACGUCUCCAUGGCCGCGCCAGACUUCUGGCUCGCCGUGUGGACCAGCCGCGCCCUCAAUGUCACAGCUCAGAACCACAGCUGCACCAGUGACCUGCUACCCGAGGACUGUGCCUUCGAGCACCGCUGGUAUGCGUCCAUCUUCGCCGUACUCUGCUGCCUGGCCGUGAUCAUGUGUCUCAUCUCGUCGCUCGCCGUCGAGUGGGUGGGACUCAAAGCGGCACGGGGCCUGCACAAGAGGCUGCUGGGGCGCAUCGUGCGCGCUCCUUUGAGGUUCUUUGACACUACACCUCUGGGAAGCAUUCUAAAUAGAUUCUCUGCUGACUUACACAUGAUUGAUCAGCUCAUCCCGUCCAGCACCGAGAGCCUCGUGCGCUCAUCCCUCUUCUCUCUGUCGGCCGUGAGCGUCAUCGCGUACGUGACGCCCAUUUUCCUGGUGGCGCUCGUGCCUCUGGCGCUCAUCCACUACUUCAUACAGAAGCACUUCCGCAUCGCGUCCAAAGACCUGCAGGAAAUGGAUGAAAACACCAAACUGCCUCUCCUCCUGCACAUCAUGGAGACGGUGGAUGGCAUUGCAACCAUCCGAGCAUUCCGGCAUGAAAGCCAGUUCCGGCAGAGGAUCUUCGAACUCAUCGAUGCCAACAACGUCCCAUUCCUGUUCCUCUCAGCUGCUAACCGGUGGCUUGAAGUGCGCAUGGACUACAUCGGAGCGUCCAUCGUGCUCGCCACGGCCAUGGCGUCCAUAACGAGGUCCUUUUACUCAGGGCUCGACUCCGGCCUGGUGGGCCUGGGGCUCACCUACGCCCUGCUGGUGUCCAUCUACCUGAACUGGGUGGUAAGAAACCUGGCUGACAUUGAGGUGCAGCUGCAGGCCAUAAAGAGAGUCAACAACCUAAUGAAGGUGGAGAUCGAGGACAAUGAGCGAAGCCCAGACCCGCACGCGGUGCCAGAGGACUGGCCACACCGAGGGGAGAUCAAGAUCAAUCGGCUGUCCGCUCGCUAUGACGCCUCCCUCAAGCCUGUCCUCAAGAACCUCAGCGCAGUCAUCCAGCCAGGGCAGAAGGUUGGGAUUUGUGGGCGGACCGGCAGCGGCAAGUCCUCUCUGUCGCUGGCUCUCUUCCGAAUGCUGGAUAUCUUUGACGGAAGCAUCACCAUCGACGACGUCGACAUCUCCAAGAUCCCGCUUUCCCUGCUGCGUUCGAGGCUUUCCAUCAUCCUGCAGGACCCCGUGCUGUUCAGCGGCUCGAUACGGUUUAAUCUGGACCCCGAGGCUCGCAGCACGGACUCCAUGCUUUGGGAUGCUCUGGAGAUUGCUCAGCUCAAGUGUGUGGUGAAGGCAUUGCCGGGAGGGCUGGACGCCACGGUGAGGGAAGGCGGAGAGAACUUCAGCGUGGGACAGCGGCAGCUGUUCUGCCUGGCCCGGGCCUUCGUCAGGCGGACUGCCGUCCUCAUCAUGGACGAGGCCACAGCAGCGCUUGACAUGGCUACGGAGAAAAUCUUGCAAAAGGUUGUUAUGACGGCUUUUGCUGACAGAACAGUGGUGAUGAUAGCGCACCGGGUGGCCAACAUCCUCGAUGCAGACGUGGUGCUGGUGCUGAAUCAGGGCCUGCUGGAGGAGAACGACUCGCCUGCCAAUCUGCUCGCCGACCCCGACACCAUCUUCUCAUCCCUCGUCAAGUCCAAUAAGUGACACGGCGGACACGAGGUCGUGGGGAGCCGUGGACAAAAUGAAGUCGGCAGAAUCCUCACCCAGCCAGGAUGCUGUCAUCAUCUCCGGUUUUCAACUCAAUUUCAGGCACGAUUCUCAUUUAAAAACACACAAGUAGACCGUUUAACACAUGGGCUUUCGCGACCAAGCUUAUCCAUUCUAGAUUUGAAGCUUUCGUGACUGCAAGGA